GCGCACACUGCCCGAGGCAGCGGACGACAUUUCAAUCUUCCGGUAUCGUACCGAUUCGUAAUGGAUCAAAUGCUGGAGGAAAUUUGUUAACAAAUCUUAUGGCUUUUUAGCAGACCUUAUUAUGGCUGUUGCAAUGAGUUCCACCUGUCCGGGACUGUACUGCGGGAAAAUCCUCAAUGGCUCAAUCGAGGGAGAGUGUGGGGUUUGCCCCAGGGGGGAGAGGACCAACAUGCAAAAGAUCUGCGAGAGAUGCAACGAGUCUCCAGAUCUGUACGACUGGCUCUAUCUUGGCUUCAUGGCAAUGCUUCCUCUGGUCCUCCACUGGUUCUUCAUAGAGUGGUACUCUGGCAAGAAAAGCUCCAGUGCUCUUUUCCAGCACAUCACGGCCUUGCUGGAGUGCAGUGCUGCAGCCGUCAUCACUCUGCUGGUGAAUGACCCCGUGGGUCGGCUUUCCAUCCGCUCCUGUCGAGUGCAGAUGCUCUCCGACUGGUACACCAUGCUCUACAACCCCAGCCCCGACUACGUCACCACCCUGCACUGCACCCAGGAGGCCGUGUUCCCACUGUACACUAUAGUGCUGAUCUACUACGCCUUCUGCCUGGUGCUCAUGAUGAUGCUGAGGCCUCUGCUGGUGAAGAAGAUCGCCUGCGGCCUGGGCAAGUCGGACCGCUUCAAGAGCAUCUACGCCGCGCUCUACUUCUUCCCCAUCCUCACCGUACUACAGGCAGUAGGCGGGGGACUGCUGUAUUAUGCUUUUCCAUACAUUAUCCUUGUGCUGUCUCUGGUCACACUUGCAGUAUACAUGUCGGCAUCAGACAUACAGUCUUUCAAAAAUCUUGUUGCCAAGAAGAAAAGGCUGGUGGUGCUGUUCAGCCAUUGGCUCCUGCACGCCUACGGUAUCAUCUCCAUCUCCCGGUUGGAUAAGCUCGAGCAAGACUUGCCCUUAUUGGCCCUGGUGCCCGGACCCGCCCUCUUCUACCUGCUCACAGCCCGGUUCACUGAGCCCACCAGGAUAAUUAACGAGGGGGGCAAUGGACACUGACUGGCAGAAAUGAGAUUUUACACUGUCUACUACUGACCCAGUCAUGCUAAUGUCCAGAUGUUCGGCUUUGAAACAUGGUUAUCAAGAGAUCUGGUUCCAUUGGUAAUCCAGAAGGAUGAGGGGUACGAAGUUUGGUGGUAAAAUUUUUAAAUUUAAGUGAUUGUAAAGUCUCUUUAAAGAGAAGAAAUAACCUAUUUAUGAUGUAUCGAUGAACUGAACUAUUCACUGUCCUUGUACAUAACUGUAAAGAACAUUUUUAUUUAUAUUCAGAUUGUUGUAUGCUGUUGAAUGGUAUUUAAGUAUAUUUUGUUGCUGGACCUUAAAAGCUGUUGCCUAUAAAGAGAAUACGUUUUCUGUAAAAAGCAUAAUCCCUCAGAACAUCUGUAUUUCAUUGGUUUUGACUAUUGUGUUGAUUGUUACGUGACUUCAGAAACAAUUUCAUCCUCUAAUGCCUCAUAUUGUAAGCAUUUGAUUUAAAGCGACAUGAAGGAGCAUGUGACGAAAGUGCCAAUAAUCCAAUUUCAAAUGUUUAUAGUAUGCAUGCACAUUCGUAUGUAGUUGGCAUCCGGUACACAUGUGACAAACUAGGCAAUGGACAAAAGGUAAUGUGCAACCUUAAAGCAUGUACAAUUCUUUUUUUCUUUUUCUUUGUUUUUUCUCGUGAAUGUGAAUUUGAUACAGCCAACCUCACUGUCACUUCUCUGGUCUGGUAAUAAAAUGGUCAACGCUUUCACUGCA